UUGAAUGCAAGGCGUGCUAAUUGUUGCUUUCAGCGAGUCGUAAGUGUUGAUCUGAAGGAAAAUGAAAGUGCUAGUGAAAACAUUGUGCUUCAGCAUAACAGUUCUUGGCUCGAUCAAGAGAAAACAGUUUUAGAAUCGAUGGCUAAAAUAGUAGGAAGUGAAAAACUAGAUGCCAUUCUUUGUGUUGCUGGUGGUUGGUCAGGUGGAAAUGCAGCCAGCAAAGAAAUGAUAAGAAACUCUGAAGUGGUAUGGAAACAAAGUGUUUGGAGUUCGUCAAUUUGUGCGCGACUUGCUGCUAUACACUUACGUCCUGGUGGACUUCUGCAGUUCACGGGAGCAGCUCCGGCGAUAAAUGGCACCGGAAGUAUGAUUGGGUAUGGAAUGGCGAAAGCAGCUGUUCAUCAGCUAACAAAAAGUUUGGCAUCUGAUGGAUCUGGACUUCCAAAGGACUGUACUUCUGUGGCAAUUCUUCCAACUUGUCUUGAUACGCCGGCGAAUAGAAAAUCAAUGUGGACAUCACUGGAAAGUAUAGCUGAAAUUCUUUAUAACUGGAUUGUUUCCCCAUCUUCCAGACCGCCGAGCGGUUCCUUGGUCAAAGUGGUCACUGCUGACGAGACGACAAGAACCGAAAUUGUGUAA